AUGUUUCUUUGGUCGUGUCAAACUUUAUAUCUGGGUCCACACCACCCUCCUGUUUCUCUCCCCCCAAUUCCAGCUGUUCCAGAACGCACACUACUGCACGGCUACAGCCCCCUUCUUGCAUUCGAGCACACACUGCAAGAGCAGGUGAUGGCUGCAGCAGCUGCUAGGCUGUGGCUGUGGGGUUGCGGGCCUUACUGUUUGUCCAUGGCGAUGCGGGCAGCAGUGGCUGCACAGCAGCACUCACUCACGCCUUACAAGAGGGUCCGGCCAAAGGCACAGCACGGCACGGCACGGCACGGCACGGCUUUGGCAGAGCACUGGCUGCCAAAGCCGUGCCGUGCCCUGCACAGCAGCACCCACUCACGCCGUGCCGUGCCCUGCACAGCAGCACCCACUCACGCCGUGCCGUGCCCUGCACAGCAGCACCCACUCACGCCGUGCCGUGCCCUGCACAGCAGCACCCACUCACGCCGUUCCGUGCCCUGCACAGCAGCACCCACUCACGCCGUGUCGUGCCCUGCAAAGCAGCACCCACUCACGCCGUGCCGUGCCCUGCACAGCAGCACCCACUCACGCCGUGCCGUGCCCUGCACAGCAGCACCCACUCACGCCGUGUCGUGCCCUGCAAAGCAGCACCCACUCACGCCGUGCCGUGCCCUGCACAGCAGCACCCACUCACGCCGUGCCGUGCCCUGCACAGCAGCACCCACUCACGCCGUGCCGUGCCCUGCACAGAAGCACCCACUCACGCCGUACCGUGCCCUGCACAGCAGCACCCACUCACGCCGUGCCGUGCCCUGCACAGCAGCACCCACUCACGCCGUGCCGUGCCCUGCACAGCAGCACCCACUCACGCCGUGCCGUGCCCUGCACAGCAGCACCCACUCACGCCGUGCCAUGCCCUGCACAGCAGCACCCACUCACGCCGUGCCGUGCCCUGCACAGCAGCACCCACUCACGCCGUGCCGUGCCCUGCACAGCAGCACCCACUCACGCCGUGCCGUGCCCUGCACAACAGCACCCACUCACGCCGUGCCGUGCCCUGCACAGCAGCACCCACUCACGCCGUGCCGUGCCCUGCACAGCAGCACCCACUCACGCCGUGCCGUGCCCUGCACAGCAGCACCCACUCACGCCGUGCCGUGCCCUGCACAGCAGCACCCACUCACGCCGUGCCGUGCCCUGCACAGCAGCACCCACUCACGCCGUGCCGUGCCCUGCACAGCAGCACCCACUCACGCCGUGCCGUGCCCUGCACAGCAGCACCCACUCACGCCGUGCCGUUCCCUGCACAGCAGCACCCACUCACGCCGUGCCGUGCCCUGCACAGCAGCACCCACUCACGCCGUGCCAUGCCCUGCAUAG